AUGAGCGGAAACAGGAGAGAGCACUCCGGAGGAUACAUGAACUGGCCGAACAACGCAGAGAGGUCCAAUGGUGGGUACAUACGUCGCUGAACAUUCCAGGAUAUGAUUCAUCAUAGAUUAUUGGUUGAAGUGUGAUCUGUCACAGAUAAUGUAUAGCAGGGUCCUGAGUCUUAACAUGUGAAGUUGGAGUCAGAAAACUAGACAUACCAGUUCUGAUAAUAAUGAAUUCAUUUCAACCAGAUUUGCCCACUGGUUAGCCUACAUUUUUAUACACUGUGUAUCAUUUUGAUGUAUGGGGAAAUUCAGAUGUCUAGGGAUGAGUCCUUGCUUGAGAUACAUGAAUCACGAGCGUUGAUAUCAUUAAGGGAUUCGCCUACAACAAUUGAGUUCCAUGCACGUAUGAAUAUGGACUUGCGGACAUUCAUUCAAAUGUUUAAUUUUUCUAUGUUUCAGCGCUCCAGGCAGUGGCCCCAAGUUCAAGUCAACUACGGUGGCAGUGGAGGGCAGUUUCAGAGACAGCUGUACCGAUGGACCUUCAGAGGAGACCAACAACUCCUCAGUGCUGGAGACAGGGACCCAAAACCACACCAGCGCCAGCACUGGUCUGGCCACCAACAGCAGGACCCAGCAGACACUGUACUGGCCUUACACAGGAAAGGCCAAGAAACAGACUUACAACAAGCAUAAAAUAGCAUUCUCAUUCUCCUUCCCAAAGAAAGCAUCCGUGAAGCUGAAAUCUUCGGCCUCCGUGUUCUGUGAGAACACAGAGGAGGGUUCCAAAGAAUGUAUCAGAAGACAGAAGCUCAGAAUGCCCCUUGUUGCGCUGAACAUUCCGGACUCUCCUACUGCAGAGGAAAAGGGACUGUGUCAUGGGACUGUGAAGGCUAUUGGCACUCAGCCUGGUGAUCUCAGCCCAAACAGUGUUCGUUUUAGUCAGGGGAGCCAGAGGUCAUCAGAUGCACUAGCCAGGUCUGACAUCCCCAUGCCACCACUGGCCUCACAUCUGUGUUCUGUGCUAGUUAACUCUGAGGAUAUGGCCAGACCUUAUAUGUCCUCUGUCUCCCAAUUACCUGCCUCCCCUUGUCACAUUCCCCCAGACGACCCAGACACAGUACUAGAUACACAGAACUCUGAGGAAACUCAGAGAAACAGCCCAACAGAGGCUGAGCCGGAAACAAGCAAACACCAACAAGCUCAUAAAGUAGAGGAGAGCGUCUGGGGGGAAGAGGACUCCUCCAUUAGCAGUUCCUCUUCUGAGGUCAUCCCCGGUUCUGAUGGUCCCCCUGAGAACCAGUCCUCCUCCUCUCAGUCCUCUCAGUGUCCUGGGACUGUGAGCGAGGAAGAGAAAGAAGAAGACAUUACGGUAGUGAAGACCCUGUCGUGUCUUUUCACCAAGCCCAGCCAGCCGUUCUUCUCUGUGCUCAGCAGAGAUGGAAACACUGUUCUCCAGUGGCCUUCAGAGAUGCUGACCUUCACCAGGACAGAGCCCCGUCUCACCUACAGCUGCAACCCCCUCCAUUUUGACUUUAGGGCCUCGCAGCAGUGGCAGAGCAGGGCGAAGGUUAGUGUUGGUGACAGUCAGAGUAAGUUAUCUGUGGCUUGGUGUAUCAGCUCAACCUCUGUCUGCGCUGAGGAACCAACAGAUGUUGACAACAAGCACAACAACAAAGCCUACUCUGGCCCAGACCAUCAUAGCCCUAUCAGAGACGACAGGGAGGAUUGUCUCAUAUGUGAGCACCACAUGAGUGAUACAGACUCAGAAAGCUGCAGCUUGCGUCCUCAGAGACACAGCAGAGUCUACAGCAGAGGGGGAUAUAGUGGGCACUCCAAAAGUAGGACUCAUUCCGGCAAGAGAGCAGCAGGCGGCGAGAAAUGGAAAUCCAGAGACAGGCACCAUUACAGGAGCCACAAGAAGAAGGGGAGGAGGAGGAGGAGGAGGAGGAGAGGAGGGGAGGAUGAGGAAGAAGAGGAGUUGCGCAGAGAGAGAGAGACGGAGAGGGAGAGGGAGACGGAUGGAGGGUUGGAGAGCAAUGCAGAGAAAUGCAACAAAUUCCAGAGACGGUCUGAGUGUUGGGAAGGACUUGAUAGCCAAUUUAGAGGCCCCACUUCACAGCAAGUGCAGCCAUUAGGGAAGUUAAAGCAUCCAAUCGGCAGUGGAUGCGCUGCUCCCUUCGCCGCCGAGGACAGGGAGAGGGAGAGGGAGGGGGAGAGGGGGGAGGGGAGAGGGAGAGGGAGAGGGAGGGGGAGAGGGAGAGGGAGAGGAGGGGGAGGGGGAGGGAGAGGGAGAGGGGGGGAGAGGGUGAGGGAGAGGGUGAGGGAGACGGAAGAGGGAGAGGGAGAGGGAGGGGAGAGGGAGGGGGAGAGGGAGAGGGAGAGGAGGGUGGAGAGGGAGAGGAGAGGGAGAGGGGAGGGAGAAGGGGAGGGGAGAGAAGGGGGGUGGUGAGAAGGGAGGGGGAGGGAGAGGGAGAGGGAGAGGAGGGGAGAGGGAGAGGAAGGGGGAGGGGGAGAAGGGGAGGGUGGUGGAGAUGGGAAGGGAGAGGGAGAGGAGAGGGAGAGGGAGAGGGGAGAGGGAGAGGGAGAGGGAGGGGGAGAGGGAGAGGGGGACGGGUAGAGGAAGGGGGGAGGGGGAGAGGGGAGAGGAGAGGGGAGGGAGAGGGAGAGGGAGAGGGAGGGGGAGGGGGAGAGGGAGAGGAGAGGGAGAGGGAGAGGGAGAGGGAAGAGGGAGAGGGAGGGGGAGGGGGAGAAGGUGAGGGUGGUGGAGAGGGAGAGGGAGAGGGAGAGGGAGAGGGAGAGGGUGGUGGAGAGGGAGAGGGUGAGGGAGACGGAGAGGGUGGUGGAGCGGGAGAGGGAUGUAGAAAGAGAGAGGGAGGAGGAGAGAAGCAGACAGGAAACAGCAGGCAGUGUAAACGGCUCAGCAGGCAGGCUCUCGGAUGAAAAGGUGUUGGGGACGAGCGUCACAAGAGACCCGGGCUAUCCAUCAACAGAACAGAGAAACACUGCAGGGCAUGGUUCAAAGAGCUCACAGAGCCACAAUGACACCCCCUGCCCUGAGAAACCUCUUGGGCCUGUUAGACAAAACCCAGGCAGGGUGACGACAGUCACGGCACCAGAGAGCUUAGUCACUGCUACCCAAAAACGAAGCAUGGCCCUUUCACCAGAGAGCCGUGGUGAAGACUUGUGUGAGAGCAGGGCCUUGAAAAGGAAACGGACAGCAUCAAUGUCUAUGGCUAAUGAUGAGCAGGGCCUUGACCACCAGGGUCCAUGCACCCAGUGUCAGCCAGCUGUGAUGGUAGAACCCAAUCGGCCAGUCCCAUGUACCCAGUGUCAGUCACCUGUGGUAGAGCCCAAUGGGACAGAUGGUUCAAUGGGUGAGGAGGGGUCUGCUUGGUCUGGCUGUGUUUCCUGUGGUAGGGAGGGGAGACUGAGGAAGAGACAGAGAGGGUCCAGUUAUGCUCCUCACAUGGCAGAACCUCCUGUAGGUCACAAUGUUCACAUGGCAGAACCUCCUGUAGGUCACAGUGUUCACAUGGCAGAACCUCCUGUAGGUCACAGUGUUCACAUGGCAGAACCUCCUGUAGGUCACAGUGUUCACAUGGCAGAACCUCCUGUAGGUCACAGUGUUCACAUGGCAGAACCUCCUGUAGGUCACAGUGUUCACAUGGCAGAACCUCCUCUGGAUGUGCUGUCUGGUGGCAGAUGUAAGCUGAACGUCCAGAGUGAGAAUCUAGUGAAUACAGCCGUAGAAUACCCUGUGCUAAAAGGUCCACUUGCCAGCUAGUCCCUGAGUCAGCGCUGUAGAGCAAGCUGUAAGCCUGACGUCAGACGGUGUAGAGCACACUUAGUGCCGAGUCAGCCGUGUAGAGACAGCUGUAGUGCCUGAGUCAGCCGGCUUGAGCACAGCUGUAGUGCCCUGAGUCAGCCGGCUGUAGAGCACAGCUGUAGUGCCCUGAGUCAGCCGGCUGUAGAGCACAGCUGUAGUGCCCGAGUCAGCCGGCUGUAGAGCACAGCUGUAGUGCCCUGAGUCAGCCGGCUGUAGAGCACAGCUGUAGUGCCCUGAGUCAGCCGGCUGUAGAGCACAGCUGUAGUGCCCGAGUCAGCCGGCUGUAGAGCACAGCUGUAGUGCCCUGAGUCAGCCGGCUGUAGAGCACAGCUGUAGUGCCCUGAGUCAGCCGGCUGUAGAGCACAGCUGUAGUGCCCUGAGUCAGCCGGCUGUAGAGCACAGCUGUAGUGCCCCGAGUCAGCCGGCUGUAGAGCACAGCUGUAGUGCCCUGAGUCAGCCGGCUGUAGAGCACAGCUGUAGUGCCCUGAGUCAGCCGGCUGUAGAGCACAGCUGUAGUGCCCUGGGUCAGCCGACAAUAGAGCACAGCAGUAAGUCAAUGGGAGGCUCUCCUCUGCUCCAGAUUCAGAACAACGUUCCCAGCGUGAAAGAAGACUGUUCCUCCUCUCUCUCUCAACCUGGGCCUGUAAGAGAUCCCCCAAAUCCCCCAGAAAUAAUUGGUAUUACUAAUGAAAACAAAAACAUCACUAUUUGCCUCCCAAACUCUCCCACUGUUUCUCUCCCGAUCAUGGUACAUCAUCUAGGAAUGGGCAACAAUGGACAAGAUUGCAUAACAAGGCAAACAGUGGCAGUGGCUGCCCAGGUCAGUCAACUGGGUGUGAGAGAGAUUAUCCCCACAUCCAUCCCACCGAUGUUUCACACACAGAAGGUGAGCCUGGACAAGUCGCGUCAGCACAGUCCCCAGAGCCACCCCCACCACCAGGAGUGCCACAGCCCCCAGCCUACCCAGUUUCAGAGGUUUCAUCCUGGGGUUAGGGUUCAGGACGAGAGGGAGGUCAUGGAGAGCCUGAGAUCCGGAGGUACUAACGUUACAGCUAGCCCCUACCACAAUCACAGACCACCAUGUUUCCAUCCGCAGCACCCGUCUGACGUUAUGGAGAAACAUCGAUGUCUCGUUCAGAUCCAGACCCACGGGCACAUCCUCCACCACCAUCAGCAACAUCAGGUGUUCCCUGGAAAGAUGAAGCCUGUCCUGUCUGGGUCUCCUGUCCCCAUGUCCCCCUCCUGUCCUCCCAUGCUCCACCCUGUCCACCUUUCUCCAUCCCCCAUGUCCCCCAUGUCGACCGGGUCCAUCACUAUCCGACACACCAUCCUCCACCACCAACAUCACCACCAUGCAGCCUUCCUCCCUCCUCACCCCCAACCAACUCUCUUACCCCAGGUUCUUCCAGUCCCAGUCAGCCGCCUGCGUAUGGGGGCAGAAAUGUGUCCCUCUGGCCCCUACCCGCCUCCCUUUGUGACCUCACCAUCGCAGCUCUCGGUAAUGGCCCCGCCCAAUUUACACCACCACCCAAUGGCGGUGACAUUCCACACCAUGCCCCGCCCAGCCAUGUUCCCCUCCAUGCUGCAGCCACACCCACAUCCUACCGUCAUCCCUCUACAGCCCAUGUUUUGA